AUGGCAAAGAAAGACAAGAAGAGCAAAGAGAACAAAAAGGCGUUGAAGGCAGCGAAGGCAGAGAAAAAGGCAGCUAAGGGAGAGACCAAAAUAAAAAAGCAGUCCAAGAAGGCAGGUGAUGACAUCGAAGAUGAAGUGGACAUCGACACAUUGCUUGCCCAGCUAGCCGAAGAACAGGCACAGUUUGAGCAGGUCCAUGUGUCGGUUAUAGAGAAGCCAAUCAAACGUACAAAUGCCACAUUGGUGGCUGCUCCGAUGGCCCAGCGCCGGGAGUUGUUCCUCUUUGGUGGUGAAACUGCCAACAGCCAGGGUAUCGUCCAUUUCUACAACGAUCUGAAUGUUUACUCUCCAGACAGUGACACGUGGCGUCGAUACUUGAGUAAAAAUGCGCCGCUGGCAAGAUCUUCCCAUGCAAUGUGUUUCCAUCCAUCGGGAGUAAUGGUUCUACACGGUGGUGAGUUCUCUUCUCCAAAGCAGAGCACUUUCCAUCACUAUUCGGAUACUUGGAUCCUGGACGUCGAGUCCAAGGAAUGGGCGAAGGCGGAAGAAAAACGAGGUCCCUCGGGACGUAGUGGUGCUCGUAUGGCUGUCUGGAAGAACUACAUCAUCCUAUCCGGAGGCUUCAGAGAUCUCGGCACGCAUACCACGUACCUCAACGACGUCUGGCUAUUCGACGUCAUGAGCUAUAAGUGGAAAGAGGUCGAGUUCCCUCAAACCAUGAGCAUGCCCGAUCCAAGAAGUGGCCACUCUCUUAUUUGCUAUAAUGACGAACUAUUCCUCUACGGUGGUUACACCAAGGUCAAGGCCGGAAAAGGGCUACAGAAGGGUAAGGUGCUCACUGACACUUGGACGAUGAAGCUGAAGAGUGACAUCAAGCAACUCAGAUGGGAGAGAAAAAGGAAGCAGGGCUGGCAGCCGACCCCAAGAGUUGGAUGCAGCAUGCAAUCGCACAAAGGUAGAGGCUUCCUCUUUGGAGGUGUCUACGAUUUGGACGAAACAGAAGAGACGUUGAGCUCCGAGUUUUACAAUACUUUGCUCACUUACAACUGCGAAACAAAUAGAUGGUUCAACUUGAAGCUCAAGGCAAGGAGGAAGAAGGAAGUUGUUAGAAAGGAAAAGGUCGAUAGAGAUAAAGAAUUAGAAGACAUAUUGAACGAUAUCUUGAAGAAUGCAAACUUGAACGAUGGCGAGACUAAUGACGAAAUCGAAGAUGCAGAAGCAGAUCUCCUUGCUGCGAAGAUGAAAAAGGAAAAGGAAAAGGAACAGGAGGAACAGGAGGAGCAAGAAACCAGAAAAGAGUAUCCCGUGAGGACCCAAUUCCCACACGAGAGGUUCAAUGCCUUGACCUGUGUUAUGGACGAUACAUUCUACAUCUACGGAGGAAUCUGGGAAAACGGGGAAGUCGAGUGUAAUUUGGAUUCUUUCUACGCCAUUGACAUCUCUAAGUUGGAUGGUGUCACUGUUUACUGGGAAGAUCUCUCUGAAAUCUACAAUGCUACUGCUGACUCUGAUGAAGAGGAUGAUGAGUACGAAGACGAAGACGAUGAAGGGGAAGAUGAUGAUGAUGAAAACACAGACCGCAAGUUGGUUGCAGAAGAUGAUGAAGACGACGGAGUCGAAGAAGAAGUGGAAGAAAUUGAAGUUGCAAUUCCUGAUGAAAGACCAUGGCUUCCACAUCCUAAGGCCUUUGAAUCCCUACGUAACUUCUAUGUGAGAACUGGUGCUGAAUUUUUGAAAUGGGUCAUUGACCAGAACAGAGAUUCAAGGGGUAAGGACUUGAAAACUAAGGCCUUCGACUUGGCUGAAACACGUUGGUGGGAGAGAAGAGAAGCCGUCCAACUCGAAGAGGACGAGAUGGAAGAAAGCGGUAUUGAGAAUGUCAUUGAGAAAGACUUUACAAAAUCAACCAAGAGAAGAUAA